AUGGGUGACUUGAAAAUCACUCACUGGGAUGCGAAUACUGACGGUGUAUUCUCUGAGGGAAAGCUGAAAGAAAAGCUGGAGAAGGAGGGGUUUACAGUGAUACCCUACACCUUUUCCCCUGGCACGACGUUCCCCGAUCACACUCACGCCGUCGAUAAGAAGGACGGAAUCACCGCGGGCAAGUUUUCCUUCACCAUGUAUGGCAAAACCGUCGUCCUCUCCGCUGGGGAUACAAUUUUUGUCCCCAAGAACACUGUCCACGCUGCUCAUGUGGUUGGAAAUGAAGAUGUCGGCUUUCUUGAUGCCUCCAAACACUAA